AUGUCCCUGCAACAGCCGUUGGAUCAAACACAGUCGUCACUGUACAAUAUGGAACACUGCACUGUAGAAGUCACCGGGAGCGCAGCUGGGAUCACCGGUGCCAAGCGGCACCGUAAAGUGCUCCGUGAUAACAUCCAGGGCAUCACCAAACCAGCCAUCCGGCGCCUGGCUCGGCGUGGCGGCGUCAAGCACAUCUCGGGGCUGAUCUACGAGGAGACCCGCGGGGUACUGAAGGUUUUCCUGGAGAAUGUGAUCAGGGACGCGGUCACCUCCACCAAGCACGCCAAGCGCAAGACUGUGACUGCUAUGGAUGUGGUGUACGCUCUGAAACGCCAGGGCAGGACUCUCUAUGGCUUCUGCGGCUGA